AAAACUGAACGUGAAAUGAGAAAAAUAUAUUUAAAUAAACGGCGUUCACAAAGUGAAACGCGACAAAACGAUAUUAUUGGGAUCGAUGAGAAAAGAUCGAUCCAACAAUUGGCUAAAGUGCGUUAUGGUCAACAAAAGUUGCCGUUAAGCAAUGUUACGACAGAUUUAACAAUCGAAAAUUUGAACAGACGCAGGACAUCGGCCGAAAUGAUAAGUGAGGCUAAAAUGUUCUUAAACGAAAUAGAGUCAUCAACAAAUAGCAAUAGUAACAGUAACAGCAACAACACCAGCAAUAGCAAUAUUAAUAUGAACGCGAAUCGAGCAUUAGCUAAUGUUAUUGGCGUGAAAGUUAUUAGCACGAGAAGGCCGACAACACCACGAGACACGGCACGUGUAUUAUAUGGCAAAGUAUCAUUAGAUGGUCGACCCCCUAGUGCUUUUUCAUUACGUUACUUGCAAAAUGAAAAUAUACGCAAUCUAACCAAGACUCCACCAGUGCUAGAACCGUUGGCCAUUAAUCAAGAAAAGUCGAACGAUGAAAAGUUAAUCAAACCAAAACAAACCAUUGGCGGCCAUCGUCGCUCGCAAUCAUACGAUGAAGAAACUUGUGAUGCUAAUGUGAGUAAACAAGUUCAAGGUAAAUCGCUAUUGAAUCGUAAAUUGCCCGCUUUGGAAGUGAAGGGCUUACCAGCGCCUUUAUUAGAUUCACGCGAACGAGACCGAGCACGAGAACGAGAACGAGAACGAGCUAAAACUGCUUAUAACGAAUCAAAUAAUCUUAUAUCGAACGAUUCUGUCACAACUUUAUUGACAGCUCGUAAAUUGCUAACGCGUAGCAAUGAUUUGCUGGCUCAGUCAUCGGCCGAGAAACUUAUCGAUAUGUUGAAGGAGCAUGCCGGUCUAAAGGAAUGCACCGCUGAAACGGUUAAUCAUAUCAAUUCGAUUUUAUUGGAACUCUAUCAACGUUUACAUAAAAACGAAAAGUCAUUUAAAAAAGGUUUCAUAUUGGGCGGUCUCUACGGUCUAGUGGAGUGCACUUCACCCAAGAUUUUAUUAGCGGUAGCUAGAGUGGUAUUAGCGCUUCGUGUCUCGGGUAGCAAUUUAACUGGUGCGUGCAAGUUAAUAUUUAAAGUCGCUCGCAACGAACAAAACGAUCAAUUAUUUUAUGACAAUGAUAUUUUGGAAUUACUAGUGGAUGGCUUGGGACGAGCCAGUCCUUUAGAAGAUCCUGAAGCCUGUAUUUACGGUUACGGUUCCAUACGUUUUCUAACGUGCAGCUCGGGCCAAGAAAGGGCGGAACUAAGCGCUUUGAAAGAUAUUAACAGAAACUGGUUCGAACAAUUGGAAUUGCCGCGUAAACCAGCAACAGCUCCGGCCUUGGGCGACAUGCAUAAAAUGGAAGGAGAAUUCAAACAGAAAUUGAACAAGCAAGAUGCGUUAGUAAUACGUUUGGCACGUCACGGAGCUGUACAAUUGAUGAUUUUACAUUUACAAAUGCUUAAUGAAGCGGGAGCAAUGCAAAAAUUGUCUGGACCACCGUUGCAUUCUUUAUACCAACUAUCGGCAGCAUUAAGGGCUUUCGCCGACAUACGUCAAUAUUCCUCAUCCUUGGAGAAAUUGGAAACUUAUCAGACCGAAUCUGCACAGUACGGUAGAAAUAACAUACAAUUGGAACUCGCCUGCCCUCAUCUGAUUAAGGCUGCUGAAAUAACUAUAGGCGAAAUUGAAGUGCAAAACAAUGUGGUUAGAACGUUAAGUGUGCUUUCAGAAGAUGUCGAUUGCUGCCAAAUUUUAAUGAGCUUUAGUGCUCGUCUAGGCAUGCUUUUAGGAUCUUGUUGUGCAGCGCACGUGAACGGUAGUGCUAAUGAAAAACUCUUAUCUUUAAUUAGCCGUUUAGGCUAUAUACUUGGUAAUAUAAUGGCUAAAUAUGAUAGUGCACGUGUACAGUUUUAUCACAAUGAUGUGGCUAUGGAAUAUUUAAUAAAUAUCUUGGAAAUCUAUGCUAAAGAGCCACUCACCCUGCAUAAUUCGAUGGGCGAUUCCGUGAUAGAUGUCCUUAUAAAAAUAAUACGUGUAGUGGCUAAUAUGAGUGUCAAUGAAGAAGUGGGUCUGGGUUUAGGUAAUUGCCGCUCCUUGGGCAACAUACUACUGGAGCUCAUUAAGGUUAAUCAAGAAGUGAAAAGCAUCAAGUUGAAACAAGAAUUACAAGAACUGUUUCAUGCCACUUUGGGUGCUUUGCAUAAUCUUUGCUUCUAUCAGGAUAAAAAUAUCGCAACACCAGAUUUGGUAAUGGACUCGCAAGGGAGCUUACAAAGUAUUUUACCCGAGCUAACGAGUGACUUAUGUAAAAGUUUGAAAUUAUGUCGCGACGAAAUGUUGCAAGUGGAAAUUGCACGAGUUUUGGGUAAUCUAACACGGAAUGAGAAAGCGAGAAAACAAUUUUCAGCAGCUCAAGGCCUCCCCGUCAUUUUGCAAAUACUUAAUAGUCCAGUAAACAAUGAGAUUUACGAUUUGAAGGCUUGCACUAUAGGCAUUUUAGUUAAUGUUUUGGGCGAUAUUGAAAAUCGUAAACCAUUUUUCGAUCUGAAAGGUCCACAAAUAUUACUCGUUCUCCUUCGUCACGUCACCAUGCAACAGGCAGCUGAUUGGUUUUUGGCUACAAUUAUAUAUCAAGCAUUUUGGAAUUUAUUUAUUGAUACACAGCAUAUAGAAGAAUUAUGUUCUUCGUCAAUUCUCGAUGAGUUAAGCGAUAUGCUGAUCGAUCAUUUAGAUGAGGAGAAAUUUGCAAAAACUUCAACGGAUGACUUGCCAGCAGAUGUGUGGGAAAAUUUCGCCUUAGUUGCUACGGAUCUAUUAGAACGUUUGCAAACUAAUUACGACCAACUUAAUGGAGGUAGUAUGCUUUCUUUGACCAAUACCAAUGUUUACGAUAACGAUGAAAUGGAUGUUUACAUAGAACGCAUAUAAAAGUAAAAGAAAA